AUGAUUGAGACGGUGCUUGCGCAGGUCCUCGUGACUUGCUUCUUCCUUGUCAGCGUGGGAUUCCUGGUCGUUUCCACCUUCCGUGCAACCAAGUGCAACCCCAUCGACCCGUUCGUGCUUCGGGAUGAAUCCGAGUUCAAAGACGAGGAGCUUGAAGAGCUACCUUUUUGUGGUCUGUGUGCUACAACAGUGCAGGCACGGAGCAAACAUUGUCGGGCCUGCAACAAGUGUGUGGCAUCUUUCGACCACCACUGCAUGUGGCUUAACAACUGUAUUGGUGGAGACAACUACUACGCCUUUUUCGUUUCAAUCAGCUCCGUUGGCGUGAUGAUAGGUGUCGUGCUGGGCACCAUAUUGUAUCAGUUCAUUGACUAUUUCACCAACGAGGCGUUCGAGUCCCGCUUAGAGGCCUCCCCGAUCCACGCGGGACUUUCGAUGGAGUCUUUUCUGGUGACUCUUAUUGCAAUGUCUUUCGUGAAUGUACCAUUGUGGUGUUUGGACAUGCAGCUGGUUUUUCUGCACGUGUACUUAAUGCACCAAAACCUGACCACUUAUGAGUACAUCAUGAACAGACGGCAGCAGGACGCAGGAACCUCCAAGUUUCGUGGCCUCCCUCGAUGCAUGGACGAAGUCUUCUCCCGAUGUGGCCAGAGACGGCCAAAGAAGAAGGACAAGAUAGAAAAAAUUGAUGAGACAAAGCCUGCGCCGCCGGAUGUGGAGACUGGAGCUCAGCCACCCGAGCUAGAGACUGACAGGACGCUGCCUGCAGCACCGGCGGAAGCGCCACCUGGAUCUACCGGGUCCACUGAAGGUGAUGGUGUCGCUGCAAAGCACGAGGCUGUCACAGAAGCGGAGGAAACCUCGCUUGCAGGCGGGCGGACGGACACUGAGACGGCUCCGGAGCUCACGGUGCCCGUGCCAACCUCAGAGAGCAUCGACAAAGAGGGGACAGUCCAGGAUGACAAAUCUGCCAGAGGUGCUUGGGAUCUGCUUUGUUCGAGACACCUCUUGAGCGAGCGGCACCAGGUCUUGGUGCGAACAGCGAGGUGGCCCUGGUCGAGCAAUGUGAAGUUGCGUGCCUGUCUGAGGUCUGGCCCAACAGUGGGCAUUCCCCAGGUUGGUUGUGGAUGCGAUGGCUCGUCUGUGGCCCAGGUCCUGUCCCAGCAUUCGCUGCAUGCAGCCACAAGGUUCACAAGAACAGCAAUCUGCAGCAGGAUCGUGCAGAGCGUUUUUGCAGCUCAGAUGCUGCAGACAUCGGAUCACCGCACAAACAAAAUAACAAUGCAGGGCUUUCCCACAGUUGGAUGA